AUGUCCCGCCAGCCAUGCACCAAGAGCGCCUCGAAAUGGAGACAAGAAGAACCCCUAGACGGUUCUCGAAGACUUCCGUCGCAAGACAAGGACUAUAAGAAGCAGUUAGAUGGGGCUGCAACAAAUGAACGAAGGAGUCGGGAAGAAAGCAUUGUAGAAAAAGCGGCGUCCUACAUUCCUGGGGUUUCGAUAGUCCAAUCUGCAAUCCAAGGCAAGCACGGGGCAUCAACGAGCGAAGCGAAGGUUGAAGAUGUUGGGAAGCCUCUAACAAGGCCCGCAAAUGACGUCCAAGUUGAAGAGUUCUUAAAAGAACAAUGUAGAAGCAGGAGUACAGAUGAAGACACACCAAAACCAGACGAAGGUUAG